CAGACAAAGAUCCCCCGUGUAGCCUCUAGCAGGUUGUAGGGGCAAGUGCUGUUAGUGAGCAGCACCUAUGAAGGCCACCGGGCACGGCACACGAGGGGGUGGGUGGCCAGCACCACGCCCGGCCGCCUUUGUCUCUCCCCCAGUGCUAGCGAUGUUUACUACGAUACCACCACAACCGCUACACCAGGUACUCAUUUGAGGCUGAGUCCACCUAGAGGAGGCCCAGGACCGGAUUCAGACAUUGGUCACUGGUGGUGUUGGCCGUGAGCGAGAAUCGAACUCGUGUCGCCGGGUUCGUAGCGCAGCGUAGCGCUACCUACUACACUACCACUCACACACACAGACACACACUCAUACGUAGCGCUAACCACAGCGCCACCACUCCUCUUUGUCACCCACAGGAAUUCCAAGAGGCCACCCACCAAGAGGCCACCCACCCACAGCGCACUCACCCACUCACCCACCCACUCACCUACCCACUCACCCACCCACUCACCCACCCACUCACCCACCCACUCACCUACCCACUCACCCACCCACUCACCCACCCACUCACUCACCCACCCACUCACUCAUCCACUCACUCACCCACUCACUCACCCACCCACAGCGCACUCACCCACUCACCUACUCACUCACCCACCCACUCACCCACCCACUCACCCAUCCACCCACUCACCCACCACCCCCCCGACCACACGAUGGCGUCAGCCCGCCACUCCUCCGGCCCCCCCUCCGGCGUAUCGGAGGAGGACCUCAGCUGCCCAAUCUGCCUGUGCACCUUCUCCUGCCCCGCCACGCUCGCGUGCGGUCACUCCUUCUGCCGCGGCUGCCUGGAGGGAGCUUGGGCCGCCACCGCACGAAGCUGCGUCGCUGCCGGCGGCGGCGACUACGGCGGCGGCUCCUUCACCUGCCCGCAGUGCCGCGCGGCCUUCCCCAGCCGCCCCACCCUCAACUGCAACGUGGCGCUGGCCGGCCUGGUGGCCCAGCUGGCUCCCGACGGGACGCUGAGGGCGCCGCCGCCGCCGGCGUGCGACUACUGCGAGGGGCCGCCGGCCGUGCCGGCCGUAAGCAGCUGCCUCAAGUGCGAGAUGUCCUUCUGCGGGGAGCACGUCCAGCCGCACCUUGUCAACCCCAGGCUGCGCGGGCACCCGCUGGUGGACGUCGGUGGUGGCGGUGGUGGCGGCGGUGGUGGCGGUGGUGGCGGUGGUGUCCGCACGGAGGUGGUGCAGGAGGUGGUGAUGGUGGAGGAGGAGGGAGAUCUGGAGAUGGGCGCGGUGGAUGAGCAGGAGGUAUCGAGGAGCGAGGAGGUGGAGUUGUCUAGGAAGCUGGGCGAGGUGGAGGGCUGCCUCAGGCGCUUGGAGGCCGUGGAGAGGGACGGACAGGUGCUGGUGAGCGCGUCGCGAGCGCGCUCCCGCGAGGCGUUUGCCCGCGUGCGCUCGGCGCUGGACGAGGAGGAGUCGGAGGCGUCGCUGCGUCUGGACGUGGCCUGGGCACGGAGCCUCUCGCGGGCCGAGGGAGAAGCACAACGCUGCCGCAGACUCCUCAGGGAGCUGCAGCAGCAGCAGCAGCUGCAGCAGGCGGGAGGGAGGCGUGGCCAGAUUUCCGAGGGGGAGAUGCAAAGGCUCCAGGCGCUGCUGUGCACGCCGCUCCCCGACCCGCGGCCCCUCGGCCUGAGCCCAGUGGAGGAGUUGGAGGGCCCCGUGCUGCUGCUGCAGGCCGUGAUGUUCGACUGCUCCCCGACGUUGGAUGUGGCCACCGUCUCCCCGCCGCUCUCCGUGUCGCCCGACCUCCGCCACCUCACCCACAACACCACCACCACCCACAACACCACCACCACCGCCACCACCGCCACCACUGCCGCUCCGCCGGCGGCGCUCUGCUCCCAGCGCCUCUCGUCGGAGCUCAGCUGCUGGCUGGUGGACAUCUCGGGCAGCGAGGACUGCGCCUUUGGCGCCGCCAACGCCGACGCCGCCGACGGCCACGCCGACCGCCGGUGUCCCCCCCUGGGUGCCGACGCCGGCUCCUGGGCGCUGAGGAAGCGCGGCGGGCGGCUCACGGCGCUGCACGCUGGGGCCGAGACGCCGCUGGGGGGUCACGGCGACGACGGCGGUGACGGUGGCGGUGACGGUGGCGGCGACGAGGAGGAGGGCGGGGCACGGGCGGCACCGGCGGCACCGGCGGCGCCGCUGCCCAGCAGGGUGGUGGUGCGGCUGGUGCCGCCCGAGGGGCUGCUGGCGUUCUACGACGGAGACUCGGGGAGGCUGCUGCACCACUUCCGCCAUCGGUUCACGCAGUCGCUGCGCCCGGCGCUCGCCGCGCACCAGGGCACCGUGAGCAUCGUGGGGCGCCGGUGAACGGCGGCGACGCCGGUGAACGGUGUCGGCGGCGGUGUGCCUCUCGUUUUUCACCGGCACGGCGGAGCCAGUGCGGUUAAGGAGGGUGGUGGUGGUGGUAGUGGUGCGGGCGGGCGGGUCUGGUUUCUGUUGGUUUUUUGGGGUGUUUCGUUUUUUUUCUCGUCUCUGGCUCACCGGGGGCCCGUUGAGGCUACUGGGCAGUGCCAGGCUAGGUGCACCGUGAGGCUACUGGGCAGUGCCAGGCUAGGUGCACCGUGAGGCUACUGGGCAGUGCCAGGCUAGGUGCACCGUGAGGCUACUGGGCAGUGCCAGGCUAGGUGCACGUUCAGGCUACUGGGCAGUAGGAGGCAGUCGCCCCUCCAGCGAGUUGUCACAGUAGGGGGGGCACAGCUGGUAGUGCAUCAGCCACUCAUCUCAGUCGGUACGACCCGUGGCACCUGCUGGGUCUGCCCCGUGACCUCCUGCCAGGGGGCGUUCGACACUUUACGUGGCCUCAACGUGCACAUGGCCUGGCACAAGCGUCGUGGU